AUGUGGACAGCGUUUGCGACUCUCGUACCGCCGUUCAAAGUGAGCUUAGGCUCAACUUAUUCGCAGUCGGUUCCGUUUCCGUUGGAGACCGGAAGUAGUGUCAGAGCUGCGUUUACACCCACGGAAAAAGAAUUUUCUUUAAACCUGUAUCUGGAUGCAGAAAACUGCUUCCUACAUGUCGUUGCACGUGGAGGAACAUUGAAAGUAGAUCAAAUGAUUAAUAACGUGUGGCAACAACUCUUGACCGUCGGUCCGUACCCGGGCAACAUUGGCCAGAUGCAAGAACUUAAAGUUAAGAUACACGACAACUACGUCCAGGUGUUCCAUGACAACGUGUUUCAGAUUCAACUCAACACCAUGCUACCGUCUGCGAAGAUCAGAACGUUAACAUUUGUAAAUGAUAACGAUUCAGUUGUGAUCGAAAUACACACCAUGGAAUUGGAGCGACUAUAACUAUUGUGUUAUUGAAUUUAAAAGUAGCAAUACAUUUCGAGAAAUUCGUAUACUCAAAAUCAUGGCAAACAUUAAACCGAUUCAUCGUUUUCGAUUUUGCAAUUGAUAUAAUGUAUGAGAAAAAAAUACAAAUUCGAGCUUUUAAUGUCGUUGUGUAUAUAUACCAAUUAUUUUAGUCAGAUCAAUUUUAAAUUUAAAUUAUGAAUAGUUUAUAACUAAAAAUUAAUGCUUCAUUUUAUGGAAAUUUCGAAAUUUUAAGAAUUAGGAUUAAUCUUUUCCUUUCAAUAUAAGUCAAUUUUGAUACUCAUUUCUCGGCCUUUCCAAAUGCGAUCUUUGCAUGCUAAUAUGAUAAC